AUGAAAAUUAACUUUAAUAACUCUAGUUUCAAAUCUACUACUAAAAAUGAGAAUAAUAAAACUGAAGCAAACAAUAAGUCCUUUACUGUUGAUGAACUUCUUAAUGGAGAUUUAAUGGAUCCAAUUACAGAGGAUAUUAGUAUUUCUCAAGAAACUAAUAAUUCAUUGCUUUCUCUCAGAAUUUUAAACUUGUUAAAACUGAUUUUAAAAUCAGUAAGUUUUAGUUUUAAGCUUCUUUUAAGACAGUUUACAAUUUUAAAUAUUUUGUUAAUUAGUAUUAUCUGUUAUUUAACUAUGUUUAAGUCAUCUAAAAAUGAGAUUUUUUAUAAUCUUAAACAAAAUCUUGCUAGUUUAAACACGGUUAGUCGAAUAGAAACAUCUAAUCCAUUUAGAUAUGGAAUGUGGUCAAAAAAGACUAAAAGUAAAGAAAAUAUGCUUUUGGACAAUAAUGAUUGUGCUUCGUUAGUUAUGAAUAAUAACACUUUUAUCGAAAUAGCUCUGGAUGAGCCUAAGUAUCUCCAAUCCAUUGCACUUUAUCACUGUGUAAGUGGGAAUGUUAAAUCGGCUAUUAAAAAUUUCACUGUUACUGUUUUAGACAAAUCAAUCAAUAAGGAAAGAAAAUUUUGUUUUCAGUUUAAAAACAAUGGUUUUCAAGAAUUUGAUUUAGGUUGCUAUGCUGAGAAUAUUAGAGUUAAUAUUUUAAAUAAUUACGGUGAAGAAUACGUGUCAAUUUAUAGAGUUUAUAUCUACGGAAGUUAG